AUGUGGCGGCCAGUGGCUACGAGCUUUCGGUAUAGGCAGGAGAAUUUGCGGGCGAGAGCUCGCUACGAAGGUCUGCGUGGCGAUGGAGACAUCACAACGUUUCGACUGAACGAAGUUACCUUAACAGAUCCCCCCACAGGCACCACAAGACAACUGGAGCGUCUGGCCCAUUUGCAAAGCGAUCCAUGGAUCAAGCUCAUGCUCUUGAUUUCGGACACUCUGCAACGCAAGGCUCUAAAAAAUCCGCGCAUUACGGGAUGUCUAUCGGCUCAUCAGUGA